AUGGCUGCCAUUACCGGUAGCAUUUUGUUCUACAGCAUGAGCUGCUUGGUGUUGCUGAUCUGCACUAUGCUUUUCAUUGCCAAGUCCUUUAGCGUUCAAGUCCUGAAUUCUGGCACCAAACCUCGAACCCCACCGAGCCCACCGGCUCUACCCGUCAUCGGCCACCUUCACCUUGUUGGCUCUGUCAUUCCCAAAUCUUUCCAGAACCUGGCUCGUCUUUAUGGCCCUCUCAUGCAGCUUCGUUUAGGAGCAUCCAAAACCUUAAUUGUGUCCAAUGCCCAGGUUGCCGGCGAAGUAUACAAAACCCACGAACUCAACUUUUGUUAUCGCCCAGAGUUUGGAUCCUCUGAUCAUGACACCUACACAGGCUCUUAUUUCAUCACUGCCCCUUAUGGCCUUUAUUGGCGUUUCAUGAAGAAACUCUGCGUCACCCAACUCCUCUCAACCUCCCAGCUCGGUCGCUUUACUCAUGUCAGAGACCAGGAGGUCAAGAACCUGUUGGAUUCUCUUCUGCAGUGUUCUAGAGAAGCCAAAGCUUGCGAUUUGAGCUUAAAACUCACUUCUUUGACCAACAAUAUCUUAUGUCGGACGGCUAUGAGCACCACUUGCGAUGCUGAGCACAUUUACAGGCUGGUUCGUGGAUGCUUGGAGUUAGGAGCUAAGCUAAGCUUAGGGGAAGUUUUGGGACCUCUUGCAAAGUUCGACUUAUUUGGGUACGGAAGAAAGGUGGCGAAAGUUAAGGGCGAGCUUGAUCAAAUACUGGAAACGAUCAUGGAAGAGCAUGAGAAGGAACUUAGUCAUAAGACUUGUGAAGAAGAAGAGAGGAAAGACAUGAUGGACAUAUUAUUACAAGUGUAUAAAGAUCCAAAUGCUGAGGUGAAGCUAAAAAGAAACGACCUCAAGGCUUUCUUUCUAGAAAUACUCCUAGCAGGCACGGACACAACUUCAGUGGCUCUGCAGUGGGCAAUGGCAGAGAUAAUAAACCACCCCGGAGUGUUGAAUAGACUGAGGGAAGAGAUGGACUCAAUGGUAGGGACAAGAAGAUUAGUCAAAGAAAGUGAUGUUCCAAAUCUGCCAUACCUGAGAGCUGUUGUGAAGGAAGUUCUGAGACUCCAUCCUUCAGCACCCUUUGCUCUCAGGCAAUCUGCAGAAGAUUGCAGCAUCAACGGCUACGAUGUCAAGGGACAAACCAGGACCCUAGUCAACGUCUACGCUAUCAUGAGGGACCCACAAGUGUGGCCCAACCCAGAGGAGUUCUUGCCAGAGAGGUUCUUGGAGGGAAAUGCGAUGGAAAUGAAGGGUCAAGAUCUGAGUUAUGUUCCAUUUGGGAGUGGAAGGAGGGGAUGUCCUGGGGCUUCUUUUGCUUUGACAGUGAUGCAUUCUACCAUAGCUGCUCUGAUUCAAUGCUUUGAUUGGAAAGUGAAAGGUGGCACCAAGGUUGAUACCACAGAAGGGUCAGGAUUCUCUGUGGGUUUGGCAAAGCCACUCGUUUGUUACCCUAUUACUCGUCUUGAUCUUUUUUCUGUUUAA